AUGACAGGAGGUAACUUGAUGGAGACGAGCAGCUGUGCUGGCUCAGAGAUCGACGUGAGGAAGACGCUUCACCAGCCUAUGGGUUUCACGAAAACAAUAGUGAAAGUGAGAUUUGGUGAAAGUGUCUUUACGGUGGAAAGAAGCCUGCUGGAGCAGCAGUGUGAAUACUUUCGAGCUCUUUUCCAAUCUGGGAUGAAGGAAUGCAUGGAGGAUGAGAUUUGUCUUCAGGCGCCGAGCGCUUGUGGCUUUCUGGUCGCCCUCCGUGUGAUGCAUGGCGAAAGACCCAUGCUGAGCGCUGACGAAAUUGUUGACGCCAUCCAAUGUGCCGCGUUUUUUCAGAUAGAGGUUCUUACUGAGCAUCUCAUCAAUGUUAUCAAUUCAGACAACUGUCUUCUUAUGUAUCACACAGCGGCUACUUUUGGUUUAUUGAAGCUCUUCAGAAGCGCAGCUUUGUUUAUUCGAGACAUGCAUGUAGACCUCAAAGAAGAUGUGAAGUGUCUACCAGACGAUUUGAUUGAAUAUAUAGAGUCGUUGAUUCCUAAUUCCUAUGUCACCGUCGGCACUCAUUCGCCAACCAUCAAGCUAUUGCAGGACUUCAUGAGGACUGUUUGUUAUCUUGAUGAGGAUGAGAAAGACUGGAAGGUUCUUACUCACUUGCCUCUCAACGCCAGCACCACCAUGGCAGGAGUUACGGUUUUAGACAACAAGCUUUACAUUGUUGGAGGAGUCUAUGAUAUUUCCAAUAAGGUUGUGGAUUCUGGUUUCUGCUAUGAUGUUUCUACAGACAUCUGGAGCACAUUUUCCAGCCCACAGCAGCUUCGCUACAACUGUACCUUGGUCAGCCACAUGGGCGACCUUUAUAUCAUCGGCGGAGAGUUUGAGAAGACCGUAAUGUCCUCUGUGGAGAAGUACAAAGUCUCUUCGGACACCUGGAGCUUUGCUGCUCAUCUUCCAAGACCUGCAUCCGCCAUCGCUUGCGCCAAAACCAUGAGAAGACUGUUCAUCUGCCUUUGGAGACCUAAAGAUGCUACUGAGAUUUACGAGUACAUCACAAAUAAUGAUGAAUGGGUGUUAAUCACGACACUCGUCCGCCAUCAAAGUUAUGGACACUGCAUGGUAGCUCACAGGGACAAUUUGUACGUUAUGAGAAAUGGGCCUUCUGAUGAUUUUUUGAGGUGCGUGAUGGACUGUUACAACCUGACCUCGGGUCAGUGGACGGCCAUGCCCGGGCAGUACGAGAACAGUAAGGGGGCUUUGUUUACCGCAGUAGUGCGAGGUGAUUCUGUGUUCACGGUGAACCGCAGAGCGACAGUGGAAUACGCUAUUGAGGACAAUAAAUGGAGGACAAAAAAACAAAUGACUGGAUUUCCAAGAAUUGGCUCAAUGUGGACGUUCCUCUUGAGACUGCCGAAGCAAAGCAGAGAGCUUUUACAAAAGAAAGAUAAUGGAGCUGAGAUCUCCUCUGACCUCAGUUCAAGUGCUUCUGUACAUUGUGUUGACUGA